UCUGCUACGUUAGCACAAACAAAGGUGAUACUUUGGUCAAACCAAUUUCUUAAAACUCUUCUGGCUAGAUGGAUUGCCAGUAUCCACCCGUUUUCAAAGGCUUCUUUUUCCACUUUGGGAAGUCUCUAACGACUGAUGAUCGUGGGGCUUUCAAACUCUGGUGUAAAGGAGUUGUUCCGGAUUCGAAGCGAGAAGACAAGAUGGCUUCCGUAAGUGAUAUCUUCUCUUGGAUUGACUUUCUUCUCACUGAUGCUGUUCUGUCUGUUACAAAGACGUCCUGGAUUGAAGACUUCCUCUCUUCCGUUGGCCGUCACGAUUUGCUAGAAGCUUUGAACGAAGUCAAGCUUCAGAUCUCGCUUGGCAGCAUUCUGAAAGACUAUGUGAAGUCAGUCAGGAACGAUCUCCGAGACGAUGCUCUAAAACCCUCCUGCAACCGAUCAGCAAACGUCGUCAAGUUUUUGUUGGCGACGAAAGAGAGAAAUAAGGAACUGAUUCGCGGUCGCGUCUCAAACCAUCUAGAGCAAGUCACAGCAUACAGCAUCAGUAUUCUGGAGAACAUGAAUAACUCUAUUCCUGAGAUCUCGCAGCCAUCGUGGCGGAAGGUUACGACCUACUUGGUCGUAAUUGGCGAAUUCUUCGUUUCGUUGUGUCAGCCACAUACACAGUUGCCCGAUGUCGCCGGUCUCUUUUCGAAUACCGAGGCGUGCAAAGUGCUUUCGAAAUGGAUGCUUGAAAACGGAGGACUGGAAGCGUUUCAAGGUUACAUCGAAAAAGAGGAAACGACCAUUGGAAGAUAUGUGAUAACGAUCAUUCGAGAGUCUCUUAAAGAAGACAUCGAGUUGCUUGGAAGUCGGAGUCGAUGCUCAGAGAGGUCACUAAGUUCGGCCGAAGUAAAAGAUGAUCCCAAUGGGGUGAUGGCUUUUGCAGAUAAUGCUUAAAAUUUUGGCCAUUCGUAAGAAAUGGCAACUUCACGACAGACGGUCAACGGUUAACGAUUAAUAACUAACGAUUACCAAUUACGAUUACGCAUAACGACUACAGACUAAAAAACUGGACGUCCCCUCUUAUGGACUGCCACCUUGCCGUGGUGGAGGGGCUUGUGCGUUUCUAUGAUCCUGAGAACUCAGCCGGCGGAGGCAUGUGAGCCUCUGGCAGGUACAACCAAGCCGGACAGAUCAACGGGGAGAAACCAGACUAAAAGGCAGUCAACGUUCUAAUUCUUCUUUAUUUCCUAUGGAGAAAACUUUGUCUUGUACAUGUCACAUUAGCUUUCUCUGUCGACUCGACAGCUAAUGAUGUAUUCGCACUAAAGCGCCAUGGGGUGUAAAUUGUUAGAUUUUUAUCAGAAAAAAAUAUCUAAACGUUUUAUAAGAAUCGUGUUAAAUGCACUAGAAAUGUGAAAAUAUAAAAUAUACUCGUCAAAGUGUAAUAGAGACACUAAUGACCAAUAAAUAUUUUAUCUGUUGUU